AUGAAGCUUGACAAUAAGUCUACACAGGUGGAUAUGAUGUUAGAGCUAUGUAAUUAUGGGGUUGAAAUAAUCUCUGUAGAAGUGGGAAAUACGGAAGAAUUGAAUAUAGAUGACAUGAAGGUAUGCAGGGACCAUACAGCUCUUAAAAUAGAGCUUAAAGACAUGUUAGACAAUUUUCGUGAUAAACUUUACUUUGUAAAAGAGGAUUAUACUGAAAUCUUUAUGAUCGGAAUUCAAGUUUCAGGGAACCAUUGGACUAUAUACUCACUUUCGUAUAAUUAUGGUUCAAGGUUCUAUUUCUUUUCUGAAAUGGCUACUCUAGACAUUCCUAUGACACUUUCCAUGAUGGAUGAAAUGUUAGACAUAUUAAUCCAAAAUUUCCUUGGACUUCUACAUACAUUGUUAUGGUUGAACAAAAAGAUUUCUGCCAUAGCAAAGAUUUGUCAUUCAACUCCACCCCCACCAUCAUCACCAUUACAUGAAACCACCAAUACUCCGAAUAUAAUCCAAGUGAAAAAUGAUGUAUUUUCAAUUUUUGAUCAUAUCUACUAG